GGUCUCUCUCCCUCUCCGCUUUUGACUUGCUUCGUUUCUCGGAGCUGUGAAGAGAGCGGGGCCGCGAUUCCGGGGAACACGACACGUCAGCUUCUGCGGAGAUGAUGAUGCUGCGCGGCGACGGCCAUUUCGGUUUUGGAAGGUGGGCUUUGUGAUUUGGAGAAAUGUGAGUUGAUUCAGCGAAGCGCGCGCGAGAAGGUUGUGGGGAGGCGAAGACGAAGCACGUUUUGGUCUGGCGUUACUGAUCUGUAUCAAUCUCGUCUGUCCUUCUUUGCUCGAGUGGCGUUGUGUUAGAUCUUUAGGAUCGGAUUCGGGGCUAGCUGGAGUUGUUUGUUCAGGGGUCUUCCACCGGGUUAGGAGUCCGUCCCUUUUCGUCUUCUCGGGAGAAGACGACGAUGAUGAUGAACGAGAGCGCAGGGAAAGCGCCGUCGUGUCUGGCGAUUGCGGAGAAGCGGCAAGCUCCGGCGAGGCCCGGAGGUUGUGUCGGCAUCUUCUUUCAGCUCUUUGACUGGCACCGCAGGUUCGCCAAGAAGAGGCUCUUCUCCAGAAAGUUGCUUGCUCCUGCUCGCACGAAGCAAGUGUCCAGGAACUUCCGCCGGGACGAGAAGAUGCCCGUUGCUAAGCUCCAUUUGAUUGCCGAUGAGAACGAAGGGGGUUUCCCUAAUUCGAGGAGAAAUGGGAAUAAGAAUCUUGAUCUGGAACAGAGGCAAAAGCAUGAAACUCAAGCUCCUGGGUUGGUUGCCAGGCUAAUGGGUCUUGAAUCCAUGCCUGCUGCGCAGAAGAAGGCUACCGGACCUCUGUCAUGCGACACUCGCCAUGGUAAAGUGGAGAAGUUUCUCCUUGGUAGCAAAGGGUCCACAAAGGAAGACGACUUGAAUAAUGAAAAGGGUCAGCUAAAGCAUGAACUGAGGCCUCAGAAACUUCAGAAGACUGGUCCAUUGGAGAGACGGGUUGUCACUCGCUUUGGAGCGGAGGCUUUCCAAAUUAAAGGUGUCUUGACUAAAUCGAGGAAGCAGCAUCACCCCAAGCUUCUCUCCCCUAUGAGGAGCCCAAGAAUUUCUUCCGUAAGGAAUACAUCACGGAGUUCUCGGUUGAUUGAUGCGGCUGCUAGGAUACUAGAACCUGGAUUGCAAGCCAGAAACAGGGUUAAAUGUGCCCUUCCGUACUCCACCUCCGCAUAUCCUUCCAGUGAGGUGGGUAUAGCAGAAAGGUCUCCAUCUGAGUCACAAAAUGUCUUUACACGGGCCAUAUGUAGUGAAGCUGAGGCUGCAGGACAAACUUCGUGCAUUAACUGUGGUAAUUUGGUGGAUAUAGACCUCAUACAAGAAACAUCGCAACAGAUGCUAGAUCAUGCGAACAUAACCUUGAAUCCUUUUCAUGCUUCUUAUCUAGACUCUGGAAUCAAUAAACCAAGACCACCACCAGCAGCUCUGAUGCGAGAAAGAGACCUAACUUAUAGGAGAAGGCAACGAGAAUCUGUUGCUCCGUCUUCCCCACCAAAUUGCCACUUUCAAGCCUUUAAUGUACCCCUUAAGGAUGCAAAACCGCUUCCUAAAGAAUGCCACGAGCAGCGGUGUAUACCAAGCCAUAAGUGCAAUCCUCACCACGAAGAAUCACCGUCCAGUGCUUUGAAGAAUAGUCCCACCACCCAGAACGAGAUGUUAGAGACUGGUAGGACUCCUCCAAAUGCCAAAUGCAGCAAUUCCAAUAGCAGGAAAGCCUUGUCAAGUGGAAAUUCUGCUACUGGGGCUAAGGAUUUUGUAGCUCUGAAUCGCAGCCUAAGUGGUCGAACGCGAUCCAGGGUGCCUGUCAAAGCUGAAAACUCUGGUUCUGAUGCAGCCAGAAAGACUCGUGUUAGACGAGCUGAUUCUUUGUCUCAAUUCAGAACUCCAGCGCGGAAGAUAAGGUCUCCUAAUGUUGAUGGACCAGUCGAGAGUCCAAGUUUUGUCAGUUCUGAAGUCGGUAAACAAAAUGAUGCUCAGCAUAAUGCAAUUCCCAGGACGAAGGUCAACUUUCGUGCUUCCUCCAGCGACAGAAGUUGUGAAAGGAGUAAAUUGGUAGGUGAAGCCGAUAGAAUUAAAGCUGCUGGCACUAACAAUGAUAGUGUUGUUUCUUUUACAUUCAACUCUCCGCUGAAGCACAAGAGUGGUUUUCCUGCGGGCAUUGAUGACAAGAGAUCCGGAAAGGGCCUUCCUGGUGGCAAGGCAUCUGAUUCCAGAGAGCCAGUGUUCAACAGAAGUGAUGAUGAAGCAGCAUUUCAAAAGCAGUUACCCUGGAACGGAGAUGCUCUAGGUGCCAUUUUGGAAUGUAAAUUGAAGGAAUUGAUUUCUCAAGAAGAAGACGAGCUGAGUACGGCAUGUGCUAUGCCCAAGCGAUCUACUGCUAUGAUUCUCCAAGAACUGAUUGCCGCUUUAACUGCUGCGCCACCUUUAUCACAAGAUUGUGAUAUGCUUGAUGCUGGAAAUGCUUUUAAGAAAAAGGCAAUUACGGAAGGGACAUUGAUUGGAUUUUCGAGUGAUGUGAAUCAUUUGAGCCCAGGUUCAGUCCUUGAUGCAUCCUUUUCCAAUGACAGCUGCAUCUCCAGUGGCUUGGAUGAUAGCACGGGAUUGAAGUUGCAUCCUGACUUCAUGGACUACCCUGAUACUCUGCAACCGCUCAAUCUGGAAGCUGAACUUUUGGACUCUGCUACAUCACUCGAAAACGGAAGUAGCUACCGCAACAUGUUGAUCGAUCUUAUCGACCGGAUAACUAGACUGAUAGGGGGCCUAGAUCUUUUGGUGUUGGAAUUGACAGGGAGCAGGCUCACACAUGCAAAGGAUGUGAUGUUGCAUGCUGAACUGCUCUUUGCGGAUUUGACUCGACGUCAUUCCAGUGGGAUGAAAGAUUUCAUCAUUACCCUCUUUCUCCUCGAUGAACUUGAAUGUGCUGCUGCCACUACCUGGACAGAUAUAAAAUCUUUGUUUGGAUCAGAGGAAGCCAAAGAGGGGAAUCAGCUGAGGCGGUUUCUUUUCGACUGUUUGUUGGAGUGCUUGGAUUCAAAGUACCGGAGAUACUGUAACUUUGGAUAUCAAGGGUGGACGAGACAAUCGAUGUUCUUGAAUGUAGAGAAGUUGAUCAAAGAUGUUGGAGGGGAGGUGAGAAAGUGGGCCUGUUUAGCUGGGAUGAUUCCUGAUGGGAUAAUUGACUACGAGAUGAGUAACGCCCUGGGGAAAUGGACAGAUUUCGACAUCGAGGCAUUUGAGAAUGGUGCUGAACUGGGUGAGGAUAUACUCUCUAAUCUGGUGGAGGAAAUUGUGAUGGAUCUUUGAGGAUGAAUGUCGUUCCUGGGUUUUAGACCGGUCGACUCUUUUUGUGUUUAUGAUGCUGUCGCAACAAAUGGUGCAAACUUCUUAUUUAGGAAGACAGUACUAUUGUACAAAAAUGCCGAAACGGCUAGCGAUGGAGGCUAAUAUUAUUUGUAAAUGAGCAUUCUAUGCAAAGACGCUAACUGAAUUUCUAGGUCAGAUAAAAUCCCCCCUAGGCCAAUUUAUGAACUGUCUGAUGUUUCUUCGUCUUAAGAUGUUCUUAUGUCGGUUUCAUAAGUUACCGUUUCUUUUACCAGACGUGCUUUUGUUGUAAGAUUUGAGUGAAUGGUAACUGCAAUUAUUUAAUAUA